CAAUACAGGACUGCCAUAAAAGGCAGCCCAUGUCUCUUCUCUCUCAUUCACUUCUCUCACCUCCUUCUCUGCAGGAAUCAGGUGCACCUGUGACCCUGAGCCAUGUCCUGCCGCCCCUCCUGCAACCCUUGCUGCCAGCCCUGUGGCCCCUGCCCGCUGGCCAACAGCUGCAAUGAGUGCUGUGUCCGCCAGUGUCAGGACUCCCACGUCGUCAUUGAACCCUCUCCAGUGCUGGUGACCCUGCCUGGCCCCRUCCUUCAGUCCUUCCCUCAGAACACCGUGGUGGGAUCUUCUACCUCUGCUGCGGUUGGCAGCAUCCUCAGCUGUGAUGGAGUGCCCAUCAACUCUGGGGGCUUUGACCUCUCCUGCAUCACCAACUGCUAUGGUGGCAGCAGGUGUCGUCCCUGUUAAAUCUGCUGCCAACAUCCAUGGGCAAGGUUCU